UCAAAAAUUCGGAUCUUUCUUCUGAAAAUCAACCAGAAAUAUUCAGAAUCGCCGCUUCAUCACUAAUAAUAAACUCACUGCUAAAUACCCCUCCUUUUUCCCUGCCCAUUUUUCUCUCCCCAAAUCUCCGUGAAAUCCUUACAUCUCUUCUCUCAUUCUUCUUCACGUUUUUCUAUGCACUGACUAGGGCUUUUUCAUCGCUGUGUGAGAAAUCACGCUGACUGUUUUUUUUUUUUUUUGAAAUCCUCCUCCUCAUUCGACGACGGUGUGGUUAUCGGAGACUGUGCGUUGGGAGAAAUGGAGGAAGAUAUGGAGGAUAUGAUUGAGUAUACGUUUACGGCGGUGGAGAUUGAUCUCGAUUACGAGUUUGAUGCGCCGAAAUACUUUGAUUUUAGCUCUGGGGAGUCGUUCCCUGUCAGGAGUUUAAGUGAGAGUUGGUUUGACUCUGCCGAAAGUUAUCCGGACUCUCCUUUUGUAACUAGGUUAAUUUCCAAGGAGUCCGGUUUGCUGGAAAACAUUAAUAUAUCUCCGAAAUCCAAAAUUGAGAACAUGAGUUUGUCAGAUAGUGAUUCUGAUAUUGAGGUCGAGCAAGAGGUUCCUGCUGUACUACAAGAAGGCGAGGGCAACAAUGCAGGAAUUGCUGCUCACGUAGAAAUUAGCAAUGCCGAGAAACUUUUAAAUCAACUAAGACAGCAGCUACCUUCAGGGCUGACUUUCUAUGAUCACAUUGCUAAAGGUGCCACAAGAGGUAAAACCAGGUGCUUGGUGAAGCCAUCUUGUCCUAGGAGCUCAACCCUCAUGAAACCAACUGCAAGUCACCUAGCCAAACAAAGUCUACCUCGUCCAACUGGUGAAUCGAGGUUGCCCACAUUUUUGGUUGAGAAAAAUGGAACAAUUUCAACUGUGAUUGAGACUCAAGCUGCCAAGAGACAAAAACUUGAGAGUGGUCAUCUAAGGAAGGUUGACGAAGCGAAGCCUGUAUUUAGUUUUGUUCACAAGGAACCUAAGCGAGAUGGAAAAGUUGAUCGCAACAACACAUUGGCUAAAACCAGGAUUACUAUUCCUAGGGAGCCUGAUCUUCAAACAACUCAUAGAGCACUUAGAGCAAGGCCAAAAGGCAGUGAACAAGCAGAAAAUAUGCCGCCCACAACUAUACGUAGAUUCAAAGCUCUUCCACUAAAUAGAAAGAUCUUUGAAGGCCCGUCUUUGCCUCCAAAAAGAAGCAAUCCACAACUUCCGCAGUUUCAAGAAUUUCACUUGAAGACGUCAGAGAGAGCUGUGCAACAUCGGUCAGCCGUUUCAACUUUUGCUGCCAAUUCUUCUUCUACCAAUGACAAGGUGUUGCCGAAAGCGAGUACUAAUUCAACCAUGGAAUGUGGAAAUAGAGAAUUCAGAAGAGUCAAUCAUGUAGAGGCUCCAAAGCAAGAAGAAUCUGUGUCCACCUACCACUUCAAAGCUCUCCCUCUUAAUAAAAAGAUCCUAUCUAGUAAAGGAGACAUUGGAGUUUUCCGGAACACCAAGAAGGAAACCACAGUGCCAAUGGAGUUCAAUUUUCAUACUGUAAAGAGGAUUCAACAUAAUCCACCAAUUGAUUUGUUUAAUAAGCUGUCUCUUGCAUCCGAGCCCCAACCAGCUGGCGGAGUGCAGUUGAAAGCACAAAGACCAUCCUGUCAUCUGUCAAAGGGCUCUAAAGAAAAUAGAUGGGCUUAUUUCCAACAAAACCAUGAGAUAGUACACACGGAGACAGGAAAACUAGCCGAUCACAAAAGCAAAGCCAAUUUAGUUCGGUAGUGAUGUGGAUAACUGAAGUUUGUCAAGUCUUCAACACCAUCAACAGGAUUUGGGCUUUUUUGGGACAAAAUGCAGCACAUUUCUGGAUGUCAAUGAACCCUUUUUUACGCGACUCACAAGACAGACUGAGACACAUAACAAUUGUCUGAAAUUGUCAAUUGUAUUCGAAUAUAUAGAAGCCUUAUAACUUUAUGUAAAAAUCAAUUUCUACAGAUGUAAACCACAUCAGAUAUGAACAACAGUGUUAAUCAACAUGUCAUCAUGUGAAUAAAAUAGAGCAAGUCUAUGUUUAGUGGGAGCUGUUCA